CUGCGUGUUAGCAAAGAGGUGCUUCUCUCUGAGACAAGCCAACAGUGAUUUGCAAGAUAGAGUGGGCUGUCUGUCUCUCACAGGCAGAUAGUAUUUAUGCAGCAUGUUAUGCGGAAAACUCCUUCUUAUACAAAUGUGCUAUCUCCUCAGAUCAAUUGGUUAUGGUUCUUCAAGAUGUAGAGGAUGGAGCAGCCAACCAAUCUAACUGGUUUAGUCGAGCCAUGACGCUGCUUUUGCAGGUCCAGGUUUCAGCAAUUUUUGGCCCGAACUAAAAAAAAAAGUCGGACUCGAGACAAACAAAAACGCUUCCAAUAUUGCUUCAAACCAGACAUCUCAACUACCAUACGAUAACCUGCAUACCUCCUACCUACCUAAUCUCUGAUCUAACAUUUGUCUGCUCCCUUUAGCUCUUCUGCUUCUUCUUUCUUAUUUGAUCUAUCUUUUGUAAUAUAUAUAAUAUAUCCAUAUAUACAACAUCCACAAUGGUUAAGCUACAAGAAGUCGAGGACGAGCACUUCACUCACAAGCCCACCCAGCAUCCCAAGAGUGGUGCCCUCCUCGAGAGCGACGAUGAUGAUGAUGACUUCACAGAUACCGACUCCGAAUUCUCCACCGAAUCCUACGACGCCCUGCCCGAGGACGAAUCGUUGUAUGAAAGAAUCGCGGCCCUAAAGGACAUCAUCCCCCCACAAUCCCGACACAGAAUCUCCAGCUCCAUCUCCUCGCUCACCUCCUUCGCCAAAUCCACCAUCUCCUUCGGCGGGAAGACGCUCUGGGUUCUCAGCACGAGUGCCUUCCUGCUCGGUGUUCCCUGGGCCCUGGCCCUGGCCGAGGAACAGCAGUAUGUACAGAUGGAGAGGGGAGCAGGGGAUGAUUAAGGGGGCUAAUGAGAUGUUGACGCCCGGUGCCGCCAGCGCUCUUACCAACCCUGAUGGGAAGACGGAGGGCCAGCCAUCUCUGUAGAAACUAUAAUGCAAUGACCAGGAAAAGAGAGGGGUGGGGGAGUGAGGAAGUUGUCGAAGCGGGUUGAAAGAAACGGGCCGGCAAGGGUUUGUUAAGUUGAAAAUUAGGUGGAAUAUUUUCGUUGACGUACUACGAGCGAAACGGCUUUCUCCCUAGCACUGAUAUACCACCAGGACGACGGAAAUGCAAAUAUGCGAGGAAAAAAAGAAAAGGGGAAAGGGAAACCAUACAUCCUUUUUUCACCCCUUGGAUUGAGAGGGGAGAGGAGAGGAGGGCGGAGGAAAGGUUGAUGUCAACUUGCGGGAUCUCCUUCUUUUCCGCCAAUUCCAACCACAUAAGAUAUCCACAGCACUUGCGAACUGUACGUGAUGGCCCAUCGUGCUAGCCCCGCUCGACGAUUUCCAUAUCGACGACGGGAUAUCAUGGGAAAGAGAAAUAACGACCCGUGGCCUGGCAACCAAUCCAACGAGCCAGCUACU